CGCGCUCAUUACCACUGUCGUUACUAGUGGCUGCAGUUAAUUGUAACAGCAUAGAAAAUGUUGAUAGUGUACACAGUGAUUAGUAGUGCAGUUAGUGUUGUGCGAAGUGUGUGCAGUGGUUGAAACGUCAUACAUGGACGGUGUUCGAAUCCUGGGACGUGGGAAAAUCGGUAUCGGAUGAUUUUUCACUGAAAUGUGAACUGGUUUUCUGAGAUGUGAACUUUUAUUUCCGAAGAGGGGUUAAAUUUUUCUGGUGUUAUAUGGGUUGAGAGGUUGGGAGGUCGCCACCGCAAGGAUCCGCUGGUAUUGACAAGUUUACGAGACAUGUAACAAAAUGAAUCCACACUACGCAAUCAAAGUGUUUUACGUGUAUAGCAUGCAACACUUGAUAGCAGAGGAAUUCCUAGACAUGCCAGCGUCGUUUGGUGGAGUAAUACCGGUGGAUGGGCUGCGCGGUCUCGUGGUGCCGGGCGAACCCGAGGACGGCUGCGGUAACAUGACCGCGCCGCCGGCCUACGACAACUUCACCGGCAAAUGGAUCGCGCUGGUCGCUAGAUUUGGCUGCAACUUCGAGACGAAGGUGCGCAAUGCGCAGGCGGCGGGCUACCACUGCGCCAUCGUGCACAACGUCAACUCCAGUGAAAUCGAGACGAUGUCAGCGAAAGACCCCGAGGGUAUAACUAUACCGUCCGUGUUCGUGAGCGAUUCAGCCGGGUUCAUGCUCAUGGACCUCUACAACUACACCAGUGGUUACUACGUGAUGGUGAACGACGACAUUCCGUUCAACAUAAACACGCACCUGCUGCUGCCGUUUGCUGUCGUCGUUGUUCUGUGUCUGGUCAUCAUCCUCAUCAGUAUGGUAGUGAAGUGCGUGCGCGAGCGGCGUCGCGCGCGGCGCCAGCGGCUGCCGAACAAGUUCCUGCGGCAGAUCCCGACGUGCGAGUUCAGCAAGGCGGUGCCGUACGACACGUGCGCCAUCUGUCUCGACGACUACCUGGACGGGGACACGCUGCGCGUGCUGCCCUGUGCGCAUGCGUACCACGCGUCGUGCGUGGACCCGUGGCUGACGCAGAACCGGCGCGUGUGUCCCGUGUGCAAGCGCCGCGUGUUCGUCGCCAAGGAGCGCCGGCACACUGACUCCGACUCCGACGACACCGCGCCCCUCAUGGGGGACGACGACUCUGUCACUACUAACAGCGGCACGUUCAGCGCGCAGCGCGAGAACCCGUUCGUGCGCGCGGCGCGGCGCGUGCGCGCGCUGCGGCGCCGGGAAUCGCAAGCUCCAGCCGAAGAGACGGCGCCCGAAGAAGAAGCGGAACCAACCGAGGAGCCUCAAGAAGAUGUCACCACGACGUCGGAAACCCAGUCGUUGCUGCCGACCGCCGCCGCCGUCUCCGAGCGCCCGCCGCGCCGCGGCCGCCGCCCGCGCUCCGCCAGGACCACGCCCACUCCCGCAAGGACCACGCCCACUCCCACCAGGACCACGCCCACUCCCACCAGGAGUACACCCAGCGGCACGCAGGCGGUGCCCGCACUGCCGAGGUCUGACGGAGUUUCUAUAAAUACAGACAAUGGAGAAGGCGAAAUCGGAGUGGCGGCGCUGCCCGCCCCUCCCCUGGCGUCCAGCACCCCCCACCACCUCAACUUAUGAACGCGAGGACAAACCAACGUUUAUGCAGUGUUCUAUGGCACAUGGACUGAUUGCCAUUACUUCCACAUUGUAAAUCUGUAUAGUCAAAUUGCGUAGCUUUUGUUUUGUCGUUCAAAUAUAGCGCCGUAUUUUUACAAAGGAAAGUGGACCUUGGGCGCCGACGCUCGACGGCUGGGAAGAAACCAGGAACACGUAAGAUGAGAGUUUCAAGAGAAACAUGGAUACGUUGCUUAUAAAAGUCAAUAAUUUUCAUUGGUAUAUUCUGAUGUCGACUUUUUUUUUGAAUUGCGAACAAUUUAUUAUCCAGCGAUUCGCGAGAGAGUGAUAAACUUUAAUUUAAAAAAUAAAACUUGUACUCACCCUUAUUAAAUCCUAACGUGAUUGAGGUGAAAUAUGUAUAAAGAAAUGUGACGAAUUCUUAAGAUUUAUUUUACUAAAAAAACUAAUAAAAAUUAAUAAUGACAUCACUAUUUUGGACACUUAAAAUGUGAAUUAGAACGUCGUGUAUUCACCGUCCUGCAUAUUUUAAAUGAUCAAAAUAUUGGAAUCAAGACAUUUUAAAGAUUUUUUUCUUAUUGUACAUUAACAUCCCAACAUCGUCUCGAAAUUUGUAAAACUUUGUUUACAUUGUAUUAUUAUGUCAAAUAAUUAAAUUAUGUCAGAUACAUUAAAAUCACCAUAGAUUUAAAAUAUAUCAUAAUCCCUUUUUUAAUCUUUUCAUUGGACACUUCUAUGUAUGUAAUGCUCCAUUUUUAAAGAUUUAUUAUAGAUAAUAUAGGAAAUUGCAGUUAUAUGUGCAUAUAAUUAAGAUUUAUAUUUUUUUAGUCACACAUACCCAUUAUUUUGUCAUCGAAUGCGUUUGCAAUAUUUGUUGAGGAACCAUAGAUAAACGUAAAUCACUCUCAAUGAGAAAGUCUUAAUGAUUAUCCUGCCAAAUUGAGUUGUGUCAACAUAACAACACGCUUCCUGUGGUUUUUCAAUAUAAUUUAUUCCAUGGGUUAUGAGAACCGCGAUAAUCUAAUCAAAAUAUAUAGUAUAAUAAAAUUAAAACAUCGUGUUCUCCAAUUACUAGAUAGGGUUAUAAAAUGAACGCACUCGCGCCGUAUCAUUCCAUGUAUAUAAAAAAAUAAAAAUGUACAUAAUAAUAAUCUAAAGCAAAAUCAAUUCUACAUACAUAUUAAUACAGUCUAUUAAAAUUCUACAUACCGUUUUUCUUAUAAUCCUAUCUAUUUUGAAUGGAAAUCAUUAGUUGUAAUAUAGAUAUUUUAUAUAAUGUAUGAUUGAAAUUAAUGUUGGUGAUUUGUGACGAUGUGGAGGGGAAAUGUUUUUUUAGACCGUAACAUAAUUAAGGAGAAAAUAUUUAGUAUUUUUUGGUUAUAAAUAGGAAAUGUUAUGCAAUUCCAACGUGAUUGCAAAUGGGUCAGUGUAAUACUGGGACAUUGAUACAUAUGAUAACGAAUCGUGUAAUAACUAGUUAAGAUUUGUCUAAUAUUCCACACUGGAUGGCAUUAAAUAUUGGCGAGUGUGUAUACUUACAAAAUAGCAAAUAUUAUAGAAGACACUGGAUGAGAAAUUAGUCGGAGGUUUUUUGCCGAUAAUUACGCAAAUUCAACGCACGCCUGGGUGAAUUUCACGAGCGUUUUGAACUCCGCCGCGGGAUGUCAUUAGUGUUUAUUAAUUUGUACCAUGUCAAUUUCAUUAUCCUAUUUUAUAAAUAAGUACUGGUACAAUGUUAAUUUUAUAAAUGUUUAAUUUAAGAAAAUAAUUCUUUAUUUUAAAAAAAUGUGCUACAUUAAUGAAACGCUACACGCCGCGUUCAAACAGUCGUGAAAUUCACCCGCCUCUUCUUACACCUAUAUAAAUUUACUAUAAUUUUUUUCGAUGCUUUUAAGCAAAUCUACAAACGAAACAGUGAAAUUGAUCGAUGCGUUCGCGCGAAAUUUAUAAGCGAGAACAAUUUGAACUCAGGUGGAAUUUCGAGCCCACAUCAUCUAUUUGGCUCUCGCUCACACGCAAUUUUUUAGGGCGCACACUAGCGCCUCUUUCAUAUUUUUGUCAAUUUGUUAGCGAGUAAUAUUAGAAUAUUUUAACAGAUUAUGCCACAGAUAAAGAAUUUUAGUAGACAGUAUUAUAGUUUUCUAUAAAACAACGUCACAGUUGACCAGAUGAGUAGAUCGAAAACGGUGACCACCAAAAUCAGUUUCACGCUCGCCAAUAUCUAGCGCAGUCAAAGCCAUGAAUACACUUCAAUUGAUUAUAAUCCAAUUUGUAAAUUAUGAAGCUUUAUUUUACUUUAACCAAUGUGAUAUGAUAUGUUUUAUUUGUUGCUUCCGAGUCGAGGUGUGAUCAGGAAUAUAUAGUUUUGUGUAGACUUUUGGCUCGGGAUACUCGCCUGAGGCGAGGGAAAUCCAAAGAAAUAAUAAAAACGUAUGACACGA